GCGGCCUAUACGGUUACUGUAGCAGCUCGCAGUCAAGCAAGCGGUCAAGGCGGUUUCAUCGAACGAGGUGUCAGGUUCAGGCCGAUUCAGGCUUCGCUGCGCAUCAGGUCAAGAUGGCUGGGCGACACGGGAACUGGAUGGGGCCGAACAACCCCAACAUGGCUCCGUUGGCGUCUCGAGGUUCACGGCCAGGCACGCUUCCAGCUCGCCCUCCCAUGAGCCCAGAUUCUGCAGGCUUGGGGCCUGGAAUAGCGAUGUCGAUACCGCCUGGUUCCGCUCCACCGCCGCCAGGGAUGGCGGGACCGCCACCGAUGUACGCAGGGCCGCCACCAGGCUUCCCGGGAUAUAUGGGUCCGCCUCCCGGCUUCCCACCAGGCACGGCUGUGGUCCCUCCCGGCGUGCAAGGCUUACCAUCCGGUCCUAUGGUGGAAGCCACGAAUGGGGCUGCAGCUGAUCUUGCCACUUCCGCAGGUUCAGUUGGUCCAAAUGGACUCCCUGCAGGGUCUGGGUGGGGAGCCAGGGCAAAGAUGAAGAACGAGCAGGCGACAACGCUCUUCAUCGGAAGCAUAGCAAAUGGCGUGACAGAUCGAUGGAUCAAGUUACUAUUUGAGGCAUGCGGUCCCAUUGCAUCCUACAAUCGGCCGAACAAGGCCUUUUGCUUCGUCGAGUUCUCAGAACCAGACUCGGUCUUGCGAGCACUUACUACACUCAAUGAGCUCGAGCUUCCUAGCCUUCCUCUCGAUGAGGGAGCACCGCCAAAGAAACUCAAAGUGAAGGCUGAUGCGAAAACCGGCAAAUUCCUUGAAGAGUACCGAUCCAGCCGCGACGACGCCAAUGAUGCCGCCCUCGACGCAGAGGCAACAGCAAAGAUCCAAGAGAUCGUGGGUAACAUGCGUGAUCCUAACUAUCGCCUACCAGGUGACUCAACAGAAGUAAAACCCUCGUACGAGACUCCGGCUCAUCUCAAAGAUCUGACAGAGGAAGAGCUGCCAGAAGAAGUUAGAGGCAGCGUUCUCGGCGAAAUCGCUCAGUUCCGAGUUUCUGCAACGGCAAGGGAGGAGGACAAGCGACGGCAAGAGGCAGAGAUGGCAAGAAUCCAGGCGGAACGGAGGAGGGAGCGACAGCAGCAGCAGCAGCAGCAACAACAACAGCAGCAGGAUGGUCCGGAACAGGAUCGUGCGGGGCCUUUGAGCGGGCCUGUCGGCGAUGGUCCACAGAGUUAUCGCCGAGGGCCGGGCUUUGUCCCCGCAGCAGUUAUGAAUGGACGCAAGCUCGACGACAUGGACCCUGAAGCGCGAGAUGAGCUUGAAGAGAAGAUGCGGAGGGAGAGGCUGGCCGAGAGCAAAAGUGUUGACGCGCAAAUUGCGGAGAACAAGUACAUCCCAAAAGAGCGCAGCCGGCUGGCACGAUGGGAGAAGGAGCAAGAACGCGAGCGCAUCGAUGAGCGACGGCGACUAGACGAAGCUGAUCGCUUCUUAAGGCGUUGUGAGCGAUGGGAUCGAGAGACCGAGUCAUUCUACUACGAGCGUUCCCAUUGGCGUAGGCAUCGUGAAGCACAACGUGCGCGCGAAGAAGCAGCCGACGCAAAGGAUAUCGAAAACGAGAAGGCCAGCGCAGAGCAAGCCCGGCUUGAGGCGGAGCGCUUCCUCGCGCAGCAGGAAGAAGAGAUGAAGAAGCUGGCAGAACAGCAGCGGGCUGCAGGAGUGCUACUUCCAGGUGCAGUGGAAUCGGGUCCGCUGAAACUGACGAUCGCUUCCAAAGUUGCGCCAACAACAUCGGCGGAUGCGGACAGCGCCGCGCGAGCGCCAACUGUGGCUGCUGGGACUGGUGCGGCUGGUGGUGGUGUAGGCUUCAAGCCGUCAGUGCUCGGUGCCACGGAAGAUGACGAUGACACUGGCUCACGCAAGAAGCGAAUGGCUAAGAUUGACUUCAACGACACGAGGACUGAAGCUGAGCUAAGAGUACAGCGAGAAGAGCAAGCGCGUAAGAUCCGAAGCAGCUUACCAAAGGAUUGGGAAGGCAUCUCCGCUUUGACACCCCAAUGGACGGCUAUUGAAGCAAAUAUUGCUAGCAAGUACAAGAAGCUCGCUGAGGAUUUCACUGUGGAAAGUCUCGGCGAGUCCGUGCCUGAACUCAUUGACGCUGUGGUGGAGAAGCUCACUGCCCGAGCAAGUGCUUCUGACCUGUUAGCGGAAGUCGAACCGGCACUGGACGAAGAUGCGCAACCGCUCGUCGAGAAGUUGUGGCGACAAAUCCUCGAAGAUUCACUCUUAGCCUCGGCGGGACUGCAGUGAGUCUAGCCUUUGUCGAUUGGCCACGCGGUCAUGCGCAUUUUGUAAGAUAGGGAAUGUACUACACACAGGCUGCGCGACUAGUCGCCAGGCAUCACCACCCA